UUUGUCAGUAAAAACGGAAAUGAAUCGGUAGCGCCCAGACUCGAACGCCUCGUCGCCCUUUCCCCGUCGUCGCCGCCGCCGCCGCCGCCCUCCCUCGUCGUCCCUCCGCCGCCAAGUGGACGGAGAGUAGCAGAUCCAGUACCGGCCGAUCCCCUCUGCACCCGCCGUUUCCCUCCGCCUCUGCCGUGGCCCGAGCAGGAGCAGGAGCUCCUCCAGCUGCCGUGGCCAUUCCCCUCCUCCCCUGCCCUUGGCCUCCGCCCCCGCAGUUCCGGACGCUAUUCAGGUCCGCAGGAGCGGCAGCUCCCUGCAGUUCCAGGCGCUGUUCAGGUCAUCCAGGAGCGGGAGCGGCAGCUCCCCUCUGUUCAGGUGAUGCACGCAGCUCUCCUCUGUUCCUUCAGGGACCCUAAAUUAUGUUUUGAUUGCCUUGCUGGAUUCCUUUGUGUGGACAGAUAUUGGAGCACAUCAGGAACCACCCCCUCCUUCGGUCCUCCCCUCCUGCCUGUCGUAAUUUAGCGUUGCCAGUUCUAGGUUUCUCUUCUCUCAAAACAAAACAAGUUCAUCUGAGAGAUGUCAACCUUGGCCCCCGGGAAGGAUGUGGAAAUUGAAGAAAGGUUUGUGCUACUGGAGCUUGGACCCAAUGAGCAAACAGGAAAAUCCAAGAAAGACUUUGUUGUUGGGAUGUGGAGAUGGCAACUAUCGGUGCUCCGAUCUGGAAAGGAAACUUUGGUGACGCUUUCACCAUUACAUAUUUUGAACGAAGUUGUUUUUUCUGUCUCCCUAAAACUUACAUAUUUUCCUCAAGGUCGACCGGUCGUACUUCAUAAUCUCAAAGAAGUUGAUGUACCUCUCAAGCAUCCUUAUACAUGGACAGUGAUGGGUGGAUGUGAAUCUAGAUGCUUGGUUGAGAUCAAGUUUGGUGUCAACUAUAAAGCGUAUGGCAGAACACACUAUAUUUUGCGCCCUAGACGAAUGAGCACGACGUCAGUGGAGCAAGCCCAGUCUAGUGUCGCGCGCAUGCUGAGAGAAGACAUCCUCACUGACAUCACCAUCAACGCCGUCGGUGGCAGCAUCAGGGCCCACCGCGCCGUCCUGGCCGCGCGGUCGCCGGUGUUCAUGAGCAUGUUCACGCACGACCUCAGGGAGAAGGAGCUCUCCACGGUGGACAUCUCCGACAUGUCCAUCGAGGCGUGCCAGGCCUUCGUGGGCUGCGUCUACGGUGUCGCCAUGUCCGAGGAGGAGCUGCUCGUGCACCGGAGCGAGCUCGUCGUCGCCAGCGACAAAUACGGCGUCGAGAACCUGAAGAAGGUGUGCGAGGAGAGCAUGAUUGUGGACGUCAGCACGGAGAACUUGCUCGAGAGGCUGCAGAUGGCUCACACCUACAGCCUGCCGGCGCUCAAGAGGACCUGUGUGAGGCUUCUCGUGGAUUUUGGGAGGAUGUACGAGAUUCCCAAUGAUUUCGAGGAGUUCAUGAAGACUGCAGACCAGGAUAUUGUAGGUGAAAUCCGCUCAACUGCAAUGCUCAGAGGGAGAAAGCUUGAGGACAGGCAGAAGCCUUCAGCUGAAAAGACUCGCCGGCGGAAGUCCAUGCCAAGCCAGGAUUCCGAUGGCGGCGCUCCGGGUAAACGGGUUCGGCGGCUCAAUGUCCGGCUUGCAGGCGAUGAGUGGGCCAAGUGAAUGAAUUGUGCCCGCUUCGUCAGUUACAUGACAUGAUAGCACCACGUUGUUGCUGAUUUCCGUUCUUGCUCUGGCACGAUGUUUGUUUGCUCAAAAUUGUGUGCACAAGUCAUGAGUGUGAUGAUGGCAUGGUGUUAAUUGAGCGGUUCAGUGUCCGUCUUGCA